GGGGAGGCGCAGCGACGCUUUCGGACAAUUGCGUACGGAUAACGACUUUCCCUUGUUUGCAAUACAAUACAUACAAAUAGCUAUUCUGGGAACCUACAGGAACGUUGAAACACUGGAAUUAGAAAUACUAAACCUCCAUAUCCAAAUAAAUGCAAGACUAGGAAAGGGAAUGAACAUUAAUAAUUGUUGCACAGCUCCUUCAAGUUGUGUUAUCUUACGCCUUUAAUUGCUACCUACCAAGUAUGUACAUACCAGGACGGGUACCUACUGAUACUGUAUGGUUAAUGAGGUUCCCCUGGGUUACUUGAUAGUAAGCCAUCAUCAGGUGACGGUGGAAUACCGUAUGUACAAUACAGUCUGAAUUACUUACUAGUAAGUAACUCCGGACCUUAUUCCAAAUCAAACAAACAACUGAGCGACGAUAACAUCUCCAUCUCUGCUCUCCUGUAUUGCCUUCCCUUAGCCCCUCUCUCGUCUCCCCCAUUCUCGUGGUUCCUUGCAGCCCUUUGACUUCUCAUGUAGAUAUAUAGCUCUUUCUCCCUUUCAACCUGCUUUGUAAACAUGCGUUCAUAUAUACCUUCAAGUAUGCGUGUCUCAGAACCAUCCGACGUUGCUAUCCGCUCCGACGAUACCUGCCAUAUCCGCCUUACUUGGUCAGGCGGCCACUGCGAUAAAUAUCCAGCGAAACAACAUGCACGUAAAGUGGCCCGGAAAUUGGGGCUGUCCUCGGGCCUUAUCUAUCUUGUCGGUCAGCCGGUGCUUAAUUGGGGAGACUCGGACCAACCGCAGCCGUUCCGACAAAGGCGGUAUUUCUACUAUCUCAGUGGAAUCGACGAGCCGGACUGUUAUCUGACCUACGACAUUCGAGCGGACCUAUUAACACUAUACGUCCCAGACUUCGAUCUGCAUCGUGCGAUAUGGAUGGGACCAACACUAACUGUGGAGGAGGCACAUAAACAAUCCGACGUGGACCGCGUUAGUUACUUUGCUGCUCUGCAACCUGACCUCGAGUGCUGGGCAAGCAAGUACAAUGAGACUUAUCCGAUAUACAUCUUACAUGAGAACCAAAAGCCGGUGAUACCGUCGAAGCGCCUCUAUCUUGAUGAUGAACGGCUUCUUUCUGCGAUGAAUGCAGCUCGGGUGAUCAAAGAUGAAUAUGAGCUUCGGAUGAUACGUCAAGCAAACUAUAUCUCUGGCCUCGCCCAUCGCAAAGUACUUGAAGAUAUUCACCGUAUGUCCACGGAGGCGGAAAUUGAAAGCUCAUUCUUGGCCACCUGCGUCUCGCAUGGUGCUAAAAAUCAAUCAUACGCAAUCAUUGCUGGAUCAGGGCAGAACGCAGCUGUCCUUCACUACGUUAAGAAUGACGAGCCCCUUGAUGGAAGACAGCUGGUCUGUCUGGACGCCGGGGCAGAGUGGAAAUGUUACGCAAGCGACGUGACGCGUACAAUUCCUCUGUGGACAGACUGGCCUAGUGAGCAUGCAAGAGAUAUUUACCGUGUAGUCGAGGAGAUGCAAGAAGAAUGUAUCAGGCGCAUCCGAAAGGGGGUGCGUUUCCGGGAUUUGCAGCUGCUCGCACACGACAUCGCCAUUAAAGGGCUGCAGAAACUUGACAUACUCACAGCCGGCAGCCCAGGUGAGAUCUACAACUCCGGAGCAUCUGCUGUCUUCUUUCCUCACGGGCUGGGUCAUCACGUUGGCCUCGAGGUCCACGACGUUUCUGAACGGCCUAUCACCGCUUUGGAUGGGAAGCAGACUUACCCGAGCAGCCAAAACUUUGUGCCGCCUCUUGACGAUAGUAGCUGGUCCGUUCCAUUGUUGGAUGAGGGCAUGGUGGUAACCAUCGAACCGGGCAUCUACUUCAAUCGACUUGCCCUUCUGAAUGCGCAGAACCUGCCAUUGGCAAAGUACAUAAACUUCGACGUGGCUGAGAAGUACAUUCCUAUUGGCGGCGUGCGCAUUGAAGAUGACAUUUUGGUGACCGCUGAGGGGUAUGAAAACCUGACGACGGCACCUAAAGGAGAGGAAAUGUUGGAGAUCAUCCGUCGCGGGAUCGACAAUUCUUAAUCUUAAACCUCUGGUGGAGCUUGACGUUCUCAUUAUCCUAUCGUUUCAACCACUUUCGGGACAGCUAUUUCGGAAAAUUUAAGGCAGGGCAAUCUUGACUCGUAGAAGACGAAUCAUCAAAUAGAUUACGGUGUGACUUAUGACUUAUGGAGUCUUCUAAGGGAGCAAUAGCUAAGUGGCGCCCUUCUAGCCCCGUCUCCCCUUUCUAGGACUUUCCCUGGGCGCCACUUCGACCAUCUCUGUCAUAUCCACCUCCUUUAUACCCAGAGAGGCAAUAGUAAUUUUAUAUACCCGCCUUCUAGAAGGCUCCACUGAUGGACUACUGUUGCACAAAACGAUCCGCUGAGAGACUCCAUAUUACGUUUCGCCGAAGAUUCCUUAUGUUGUGCUUUGCCCUCUCGACGCCCGGCCAUAUGAAGAAAAUAAAAUCUAUUCGACCGACUGGAUCCAAUCAUCAUCUCUACUGGGGGAGUCCUCAAACAAGUAAUUGUCAUCCUCUGUGAAGGUUGAGACAAUCAUGUCUUACCCUGUGGUACGGUAAUAUUAAGAAAGGAGAAAACCCAAUAAAGAAAAUAAAAAUAAAUAGAGAUGAACAACUGUGUCCCCAAACAUACACAAACAACACAACAACAUACAGCUGUCUAAAAAGAGAACAAACAAAUAUUCCUCAACCAAUCAGAGCUCUCCAUGUGCGCUGAAAAUUUUUCCCUGG